AUGGGGACUCGGCAGCGGGUCCUCGCGCCAUGGGCGGUGCUGCUGCUCGCGCUGCGUCUUGCCGGUGCCUCCCAUGUCAUCCACCGGAGCCUGGAGGCCGAGGCGGCACCGCCAUCGGUGCCGGCCUCCAUUGUCAGCCCCCUGCUCAGGACGGGGUACCAUUUCCAGCCGCCAAUGAACUGGAUCAACGCUCCGAUGUACUACAAGGGAUGGUAUCACUUGUUCUACCAGUACAACCCCAAGGGCGCGGUAUGGGGCAACAUCGUGUGGGCACACUCCGUGUCGCGCGACCUCAUCAACUGGAUCGCGCUGGAGCCCGCCAUCUACCCGAGCAUCCCCUCCGACCAGUACGGCUGCUGGUCGGGCUCGGCGACGAUGCUGAAAGACGGCACGCCGGCGAUCCUGUACACGGGGAUCAACCGCCCCGACAUCAACUACCAGGUGCAGGUGCUGGCGUUCCCGAAGAACGCGUCGGACCCGCUGCUCCGGGAGUGGGAGAAGCCCGCGGCGUACAACCCGGUGGCGGCGCCGGCGGACGGCAUCAACGCGACGCAGUUCCGCGACCCGACCACGGCGUGGUACGCGGCGCACGACGGGCACUGGCGGAUGCUGGUGGGCAGCGUGCGGGACGCCCGGGGCAUGGCGCUCGUGUACCGGAGCCGGGACUUCAGGACGUGGAGGAAGGCGAAGCACCCGCUGCACUCGGCGCUGACGGGGAUGUGGGAGUGCCCGGACUUCUUCCCCGUGUCCGGGCCGGCGCUCCGGGACGGGCUCGACACCUCCGACGCCGGCGCCAAGUACGUGCUGAAGGCCAGCCUGGACCUCACACGGUAUGACUACUACACCAUCGGGUCGUAUGAUAAGAGCACGGACCGGUACUACCCGGAUAACCCCAACGGCGACUACCACCGGCUCCGCUACGACUACGGCAACUACUACGCGUCCAAGACGUUCUAUGAUCCGGCGAAGCGGCGGCGGGUGCUGCUGGGGUGGGCCAACGAGUCGGACAGCGUGCCGGACGACAAGGCCAAGAGCUGGGCCGGCAUCCAUGCGAUCCCACGGAAGCUCUGGCUCGACCCCACCGGGAAGCAGCUGCUGCAGUGGCCCAUCGAGGAGGCUGAGAAGCUCAGAGGGAAGCCCGUCAGUGUGGGCGCCAAGCUGGUUAAGCCCGGCGAACACUUUGAGGUCACAGGCAUCGCGACUUACCAGGCUGAUGUUGAGGUGACCUUCGAGAUCUCGAGCUUGGAGAAGGCAGAGCCCUUCGACCCGGCGUACGACGACGACGCGCAGAAGCUGUGCGGCGUCAAGGGCGCGGACGUCAAGGGCGGGGUGGGGCCCUUCGGCCUGUGGGUGCUGGCUUCUGCCGACCUGCAGGAGAAGACGGCCGUCCUCUUCAGAGUCUUCAAGGACGGAUACGGCAAGCCCAAGGUGCUCAUGUGCACCGACCCCACCAAGUCAUCUCUUAGUCCAGAUCUGUACAAGCCGACCUUCGCGGGCUUCGUCGACACCGACGACAUUUCAAGCGGGAAGAUUGCUCUUAGAAGCUUGAUCGAUCGGUCCGUGGUGGAGAGCUUCGGCGCGGGAGGCAAGACGUGCAUCCUGUCACGGGUCUACCCGUCCAUCGCCAUUGGAAAGGAUGCUCACCUCUACGUUUUCAACAACGGUGAGGUGGACAUCAAAGUGUCAAGCCUGACUGCCUGGGAGAUGAAGAAACCGCUCAUGAACGGCGCCUAG